GCUACCGGUCCCGGACUGGGAGCGAGGAGGCGCGGGCUGCGGGGGCCGAGCCGCCCCGGCGCAGCAGCCAAGCCGCGCCCGGAGGAGCUCUUGGAAGGGCUCCCGCCUGCAGCUGGGGAAUCCGCUGGCGGGGAGAAUCCGUGCCAGGGAAUCCAGCUCUCCGGACUCAAGCUGCAAACAAAAAGCUCAGGUCUUGCUCCCUCCCUCCACGCCCCCCCGCCCCCGACGCGCACCCGGAGAAAGUUCUGCAAAAAUGCAACAAGUAGCACCCGGAGCUCGCGGAGCGCCCUGCGCCUCCUGACUUGGCCAGGCAAAGCCCGCCUGCAGAGACCCGGGCCAGCCACCGGACAAAGGGCGGAGGAGGGGCUGGACGGCGCUGCGAAGUCCGAAAGAGGCCAUUUAGCGACUCUGGCCAGGCCAAGGGGAAUGCAGAGGAGACACAGAGCCGGCGGGCCAAGAGGACGAUCCGGCCGCAGAACGCAGGGCGGGCGGCGAUGGAGGCUGCCCGCGCCUUGCGCUUCCUGCUCGUGGUGUGCGGCUGCCUUGCGCUCCCGCCGCGGGCCCAGCCGGUGUGUCCGGAGCGCUGCGACUGCCAGCACCCCCAGCACCUCCUGUGCACCAACAGGGGGCUCCGCGCCGUGCCCAAGACCAGCUCGCUGCCGAGCCCGCAGGACGUGCUCACCUACAGCCUCGGCGGCAACUUCAUAACCAACAUCACGGCCUUCGACUUCCACCGCCUGGGGCAGCUCAGACGGCUGGACCUGCAGUACAACCAGAUCCGUUCUCUGCACCCCAAGACCUUCGAGAAGCUCUCGCGGCUGGAGGAGCUCUACCUGGGCAACAACCUCCUGCAGGCGCUCGCCCCGGGCACGCUGGCGCCGCUGCGCAAGCUGCGCAUCCUCUACGCCAACGGGAACGAGAUCAGCCGCCUCAGCCGCGGCUCCUUCGAAGGACUGGAGAGUCUGGUCAAGCUGCGGCUGGACGGGAACGCCCUGGGGGUGCUGCCGGACGCCGUCUUUGCCCCCUUGGGUAACUUGCUCUACCUACAUCUGGAGUCCAACCGGAUCCGUUUUCUGGGCAAGAACGCCUUCGCCCAUCUGGGGAAGCUGCGCUUCCUCAACCUCUCUGCCAACGAGCUGCAGCCCUCCCUACGCCACGCGGCCACCUUCGCACCGCUGCGCUCCCUCUCCACCCUCAUCCUCUCGGCCAACAGUCUGCAGCACCUCGGGCCGCGCGUCUUCCAGCACCUGCCGCGCCUUGGCCUACUCUCGCUCAGGGGCAACCAGCUCACGCACCUCGCGCCCGAGGCUUUUUGGGGGUUGGAGGCCUUGCGCGAGCUGCGCCUGGAGGGCAAUCGGCUGAGCCAGCUGCCCGUGGCGCUGCUGGAGCCUCUGCACAGCCUGGAGGCGCUGGACCUGAGCGGCAAUGAGCUGUCCGCUCUGCACCCCACUAUCUUUGGCCACCUGGGCCGGCUGCGCGAGCUCAGCUUGCGCGACAAUGCGCUCAGUGCCCUCUCCGGGGACAUCUUCGCCUCCAGCCCAGCCCUCUAUCGGUUGGAUCUAGACGGCAACGGCUGGACCUGCGACUGCCGGCUGAGGGACCUAAAGCGCUGGAUGGGUGACUGGCACUCGCAGGGCCGGCUCCUCACCGUCUUCGUGCAGUGUCGCCACCCUCCGGCCCUGCGGGGCAAGUACCUGGAUUACCUGGAUGACCAGCAACUGCAGAACGGGUCUUGCACAGAUCCCUUACCCUCGGUUUCCCCGACUGCCGAGAGUAAGCGGCAUGCCCUACCCACAGCCCCGGGGAAGGAGGUGGCGCCCCCUGCAGGUGCCCUCGCGGAGGAGCCGCCACCGCAGCCACAGCCACAGCAACGGGGUCGAUUUCUGCCAGGGGUGGCCUGGGAUGGGGCCGCCAGGGAGCUUUUGAGUAACCGCAGCGCCCUAAGGCUGAGCCGGCGGGGCCCGGGCCUCCAGCAGCCGAGCUCCAACGCCGCUGCUGCCGCGGGCCCGGCGCCACACCCCCUGGACCUCCUCGAGAAGCCUGAGCGGGGACGUCCGACUCCGUCGGAUCCUACCCACACGGAGCCCACCCCGACGGCCACGCUGGGCUCUGCGCCAGCCGGCGACCCCUGGCAGCGCGCGGCGAAGCAGCACCUGGCUGCGCAGCAGCAGGAGAGCACCGCCCAGUCCGACGGCGGGGUCGGCCUGCCGCCGCUGGUAUCCGACCCGUGUGACUUCAACAAGUUCAUCCUGUGCAACCUGACCGUGGAAGCAGUGGGCGCCAACAGCGCCGCGGUGCGCUGGGCGGUGCGCGAGCACCGCAGUCCCCGGCCGCUGGGCGGCGCGCGCUUCCGCCUACUCUUCGACCGCUUUGGCCAGCAGCCUAAAUUCCACCGCUUCGUCUACCUGCCUGAGCGCAGCGACUCGGCCACGCUUCGCGAGCUGCGGGGAGACACCCCCUACCUGGUGUGCGUGGAGGGCGUGCUAGGCGGCCGGGUCUGCCCGGUGGCUCCCCGGGACCACUGCGCGGGGCUGGUCACCCUGCCGGAGCCUGGGAGCCGGAGCAGCGUCGACUACCAACUGCUGACCUUGGCCCUGCUGGCCGUCAACGCACUGCUGGUACUCCUGGCCUUGGCGGCCUGGGCGUCACGCUGGCUGCGUAGGAAGCUGCGUGCCAGGCGGAAGGGCGGGGCCCCCGUGCACGUUCGCCACAUGUACUCUACCCGACGGCCCCUGCGCUCCAUGGGCACCGGCGUGUCCGCCGACUUCUCUGGCUUCCAGUCGCACCGGCCGCGCACCACGGUGUGCGCGCUCAGCGAGGCUGACCUCAUCGAGUUCCCGUGCGACCGCUUCAUGGACAGCGGGGGCGGCGGCGCGGGCGGCAGCCUGAGGCGGGAAGACCAUCUCCUGCAGCGAUUUGCCGACUAGAGCCUGGCGAGCUUAACGUAGAGUUCCUGGCUACCUGCUUAUUAAUGAGUGCUGCAAGGCAGCUAUUCAACCUUUCCCACUGAGACACACAUGCCAGACUGUUCACGGCCUUGGAAGAAUAACAGAACUGCUCUACCCUUUCUGCUCAUUUCCUGUCACAGGAGAUGUGAUUUUUCAGUGGUGGUCUCCCUUAUCAUUCACCUAUGGCUGCUAGAUCAGAAGAUUGACAUUAUCUAGAAAUCUAUGAAGUAAAAGGCGUCCAAGACCCAGUCCCUGGGGAUGGUGUGCCAAUAAGGGUACAAAAAAUAAGGGAAGUGAGAAUCUCUCAUCAGAACUCUGUUCAUUGUGUACAGAAGGUUCUAAAAAGAAUAGGAGUGUUUCUGAGUGUCCCUGACUGAACAUAAAUUCUAGUGCUUCUAUGGAAUUUUCUUAUUUCUUUGACAUCCAGCGAUAGGCUGGAUUAAAACCCUUAGCCCUAAAUGAGAAUCCAGCCUUCUGUGGGGUGAGGAAGGAGGCUGAGUUCUCUCUGCCUCGCUGCUUUCUCUCUCCAUCAUCUCCACUGACAUACUGCCUGGUAUGUCAGGCCACAUUUGGCUUGCCCUCAUGAGCAUUGUGACUGUAGCCCAGGGUUGUCUGAAUAACAUCUUUCUCUGUCAUAUUUUGAUAGUUCCCUACUGUUUUUCUAACACAGAUGAGGAAGGGUGAGCUUCUGAGGGGAAGUUACUCUUUCUUUCCUGAGAUGCUCAGGGGGGACGAAUAUGGGCCAGGGUAGGGUGAGGACCUGGCUGAAAUCUUGGCGAGAGCCUGCGAGGGGAUCCCACCUGGAAGCUGACAGAACACAAGGUCCUGGUCUAAGCUGUUCUGCAGGUGUAAGCAGUUGUCUCCCAGUUCCAGCUGAUCUGGCUUUAGUGGAUGAAAUGGCGUCUUUCCCUUAGGAACCUCCAUUCCUGAAAUUUCACUCAAGAGAUAUGCUGCUUGUGAUAACAGGGUGUCAGAGAAGACAGCUUUUUACACGAGUCCUUGGGUGACCUCCGACACAGGAGACAUACCAAGAGCAGGCUCCUGGGAGGACAAGAUCCCCUCCUUGUUUGUGGCGACCACUCGUGCCCCGCGGAGAGCAUGGAGACUGGUGUGGGGAGCCCGGCCCCCUGGCCUGGGAGCGUAUGGGGAAGAGCUGAUGUGGGCGGCAGGGCUGCCGACGCGGUUAUUUAUUAUUUCACUGAAUUACUGCUGAGUGACAAGGGCUCCU